CCACUUGCGGCACUGGUGCCGUUUGCGAAUCCGCUUUGCGACGAAAAGGCGCAGAAGAAAGUGCUGAAAUCUGUGAAGAAAGCCGCGAAAUCGAAAGCUCUCAAACGCGGUGUAAAAGAAUGCGUCAAGUCCAUCCGCAAAUCGCCUCCCGCAAAUCCAAACACCUACAACCCCUCCAACCUCCCAUCCGGCAUCGUUAUUUUGGCCGCCGACAUCUCCCCCAUGGACGUGAUAUCGCAUAUCCCUGUCCUCUGCGAAGACCACAACAUCCCCUAUCUGUAUGUGCCUUCGAGAGCGGAGCUCGGCGCGGCGGGAGCGACGAAGCGGCCGACGAGCGUGGUCAUGUUGAUGCCGAGGGUAGGCAAGGGUGCGAAGGAGGAGGGUGGAGACGGUGGAGAGAAGGAGUGGGAGGAGACGUACGGGGAGCUGAACAAGCUUGCUGUUAAGUUGGGUCAGAACGUCAAG